AUGGCUACCUUAAUUCAGUCAUACGAGCAACAAUAUUCAAUACUUACAGCCGAUAUUACUGCCAAAAUAGGCCGCCUUAAAGUUGGAAAUCACGAAAACCGGGAGCAGUUGUCGAGGGAGAUACAAGCUAAUUUUGAAGAGGCUAAUGAUUUGCUGGAACAAUUGGAGCUUGAAUACCGUGGGUCUGGGGCCGGGUCGCGCGUGGCCGCUUACCGCGCCGAGCUCCAACGCGUCAAGGACGAAUAUCGCUCCGUUCUUAGCAACUCUGCCACAUAUAACAUAGAAACAGAAGAAACAUAUGACGAUUGGAACACUAACGAACAUCGCCAAAAGCUGUUAGAUAAUUCAGAGCGAUUAGAGAGAUCGGGGAAGAACCUCACCGAAGGCUACAGGGUUAUCUUGGAGACUGAGGAGAUUGGUGCUGCUGUGCUCCAGGACUUGAGUGUGCAGAGGGAAACAAUACAGAGAUCUAGGGGAAGGCUCCGCGAGACGGACGAACAGCUGAACCGCUCCUCGCGCCUGAUGAACACGAUGGUCAUGCGCGCCCUCCAGGACCGCUUCGUGCUGGUCAUGGUGUUCCUGGUGCUCGGGGUGCUGCUGUGUGCGGGACUGUACCUCAGUUUCUGGGGUAGAGGC